GAUAUACUUGAUUACUUAUACGGAUAUAUAAACCUUAAUAUUAAUAUACGAGCGGAACUUCUGGAAGAGAUAAUUAUUAUAGCCGUAAAUGCCUUGGGGAACCUCUUCUGGUAUGUGAGCAGGGCUAUAGGCGUACUACGGGCUAUAUACGGGGCUUUCGGAUUAUUAUUGAGGCCAUACGGCCCGUAA